AUGAUAAACGGAUCCAAUUGCAGCAUGUGUGCACAACCUGCACCAAAUCGCUGGAAUUAUGAUUCUUGUUGCUAUGUUUCCAAGUUUGCUAUUUCCAUUAAACCUUGGAACGAAGAAAUUAAGUUCCAUGAUCCCGAACAUUUCCUAAUUUACCCACAGGAGUAUCUACUCGAAGAAAGCUAUGGUUAUAUUCUAUUUAUAAUUACUGACAUGGACAGUACCAGUCUCUAUGUCUACAUUACAAUCAUUGCACUUUUUUUUUUCUGUAUUCCACCGGCUAUUAUCAUUGAAGGGCCAGUCCUGUUGAAAUCUGGUUUCGCUGAUGCAAUUGCUAAAGUUGGUAUGGUCAAGUUUGUUUCGGAUCUUUUCUGGGUCGCGAUGUUUUACCAUCUUUACAAUCAGCUUACAACCAACACCCUUGAGAGAGUGGCACCUCUUACACACGCAGUUGGCAACGUCUUGAAGCGUGUAUUCGUAAUUGGUUUCUCAAUUGUAACCUUCGGUGAGUUGUAA